CUGAGACACCCGUUAUUAGGAAUAAAUACUCCUUGUAUAAUUAGGCAGGUACUCAUUAUGUUAACACUUUACACCUUGCUCCAAUAAAAUUUAAUAAGCUCCAUUCGUAAUUGUUCUGAAGCCAAUUGUAAAUGUUAAACUGUUUCAAGUACAUAUUGAAAGCAAAUUACUAAGUUGCUACCAUAAGUAAAGGCCAUGUGAGUUCUUUGAAGAAUUAAUGUAAAAUACACUAGCUAGAAACGCUUUUUUCAUUUACCAAUGGUAGAGUCCCUGUAUAAUUUAAAAAAACUUAAAGCUUUUGUUGAAGCGUAUCGGCUUUGGUAAUUUUAUUGUCUUCACAUCCAUGUCCAUAACUUCAACGAGUCGGAACGCAAUUGUAUCCAACAAUACGUCGAAGUACCAACUAAGCAAUAAUUUGAAACAAAAAAGUUUAUGCAAAUCAAGGGAGCCGAAAUAAAAUGGAGUCUGGUCGUGCGAGCGCGUGCGAUCGAUACGCCCGCCCUGCGACCUUGCGGGCGGAGCGCGGCGUGGGCGGGGCGCGGUAAGAGGCUGGGAUUGGUGAGCCCCGCCCAUUGGUUCCCCUCCCCUCCCCGCCCCCCUCGCGGCAGUCGACCUCCCCCGCGCCGGAGCCGCUCGCGGGCGUUCUCGCCGCGCGCCACACGUCGCUCGCGCGCCCGCACCGCUCACGUCAGAUAUGCGGACACCGUCGCGUUAACAAGUGACACUUUGUAAUUGUUUUCGAGUUCGCUAUGUGUCACGUUUAGUGUUGUUCGUGGCAAUGAUCACUGAUAUGUACGCGCCGCUGCCGGCGCCGCCCUCAAACAAGACCAUUGAACAUCCGAGCUUACGCGGUACGCCUCUGGCGAUGCUGGCGGCGCAAUGCAACAAACUGUCAAGUAAAUCUCCUCCUCCGCUGGCGGACGCUGCCGUGGGCAAGGGUUUCCACCCGUGGAAGAAGAGUCCCGGCGCGCACUCGCCACCCGGCGCCGGCGCCGUGCCGCGCUCGCAGGCGCCCGCCUGCACGCCGUACGCGCGCGCGCCCACGUCCUGCGCCGCCGCGCCAUCAUAUGGAAACGAUCUCUAUUUCCCGUCAUCGGGAGACCAGCUCCUCGGCAAAAGUGAAUCCAGCGCGAGCCUAGGCUCUAUGUACUCCCGACACCCUUAUGAAUCGUGGCCCUUCAACGUCGGUGGUGGUGGCGGCAGUGGCGCACUCAAGGCUGCAGAGAUGAGCGGCGUCAGCGCCGUCGGCAGUACCUGGUGGGAUGUGCACAGCGGAUGGCUCGACGUCGGAGGACAGAUGGCUAAUUACGCCGGUCAAGACUACUCACAACUUACACAUUCACUAUCGGGUGGUGCACAUUUACUGCCUCCCGCACCUCAUCUAUUACAAGACGCUUACAAGUCAGUACUGCCCACACAGGGAUCGUUUGGUCUACACGCACCUGGCUCUCCUGCUCCACCGGCACAAGCACCGUCACCGAGGUCACAGCGUCGCUAUGCCGGGCGAGCCACAUGCGACUGCCCCAACUGUCAGGAAGCUGAAAGGCUAGGCCCGGCCGGGGCGCACCUCCGUAAGAAAAAUAUUCACAGUUGCCACAUACCCGGCUGCGGGAAAGUGUACGGCAAGACAUCCCACCUCAAGGCCCAUCUCCGCUGGCAUACCGGCGAGAGGCCGUUUGUCUGUAACUGGCUGUUCUGCGGAAAGAGAUUUACCCGCUCGGACGAACUGCAGCGACACCUGCGGACUCAUACGGGGGAGAAAAGAUUUGCGUGUCCAGUGUGCAAUAAGAGGUUUAUGCGGUCUGACCACCUCGCGAAGCAUGUGAAGACGCACAAUGGCGGCAAGAAAGGUAGCUCAGACUCGUGCUCGGACUCGGAGGAGAACAGCCAGGGCGAGGGCGGCGCGGGCGGGCGCUCGCCCGAGCACGGGCUGGACGUGAAGCCCAGCUCGCUGGUGUGACGGGGGCGCGCGGCGCUCGCGCACCACGCCGCGCCGCUGCUGUGACCGCCGCCGCCGCCGCCCCGCUGUACAUACCACAUAUCACUACACUGUAACAUAGGAGCCACACGUGUAACUAUAGACAAUGCGCCGCUCUCCGCGACCCUCGUGUACGUAUUUGUUGUGAGACUUGAAAGUGUUGUACAGUAUAGAUACUAUUAAUAAAUAAUUAUCUCAUAUUAUAGCUAGAUAUUAUAUGUUAAACUAGUGUAAGUAGAAUCACUGUUUAGUCCAAAAUUUUCAGAUUUAAUUUAUUGUAACGAUACCUCAUGCUGAAUUUCAAAAUGAUUCGUUUAUUUAUUGUACAGAACUAUGCAAAUACUGAUUUCACUUUGCUCAUAAGCAAUGUGUUAUGUUGAUCGUUUUUCACCUACAUGCUGAACUAAUGUUAUUGUUAUGUUAAAAAGCUUGUAUUCUUUGCACUUCUGACAUUGUAUUAAAAUAAAAUACGUUUUUAAGAUUAUAUCUAAAUGUGGUAAUGUAAUUAAUCCUAUAAAUACGAAUUUACUCAUUACAAUCAAUCAAUCGCAAUCAGAUAUUUAUAAGAGUUGCCUGACACUGUAUUAAUAAAAAAACACAUUUGUGGCUUUUUCUAUCUAAAUGUUAAUCAUAUUGUCUAUGAGCAUUGUGAAAUAACAACUGUAAAUUUUAACUGAUUAUAUUUUGUAUAAUACAUUUAGCAUUCAGAAAUAAAUAAUUUAAGCAAAGACACGCCGGAAAACGUUUUAAUUUUCAUAUCAUUGGCUUUUGCGUCCCCGUCGAAUCAAAAACUAUUUGGUGAUAACUGUUGGCUUGAAAACUGUAAUUGUAAAAUGUAUAUUGUACAAAAUUGUGCGAAUUAAAAAAUGCCUGAAAUUGAUUUUAUAAAAAUUGAAUAUAUUUUUCCGAGUGGAUACAUGCAUUUUUAUUUUUGAUACAAUUUUUAGACAACUUCGGUAGUGUGAUUAGCCUGUCUAUUUUAGUCUACUGGAUAGUAUUCGUUAGUAUACAUUAAAAAUCUGAAAUAAAAACACUAAACUAGUGCUUAUAAGAUGACCUCAUUAUA